AUACAGACGCACGCACAGAGCACAGUUCGAGAGUGAGCGACGCAGAGCCAGUUGUAAUUAAAUUAGUAACCAGAACACAAGACUGGAAGUCCUUUUUAAUUGAUUUUAACGUGGGACUCACGCCUGUUAACAUGCACAGCAUAGCGGGGAGAAGUAUUUCUAAUCGUUUCAACAUUUAUCAGCGCAUAACAAGCAUAACAAUGUUUUGGACGGCAGUUGCCUCCACCGCGGUUACAUCAGAUACUUUAGAGCCAUCAGCUGGCCUGGCCAGUGCAGCGCCAACCUAUCAGCAACAGCAUACGAAGCCGCCCCGCGUAUUUAACAGCAGCUGGGAGCUAAGCAAUGCUGCAUUCAAAGUGCGACGCCACAGCCAGCAACAGCAACAACUGCAGAAGCAACAACAAGAACUAGAGAAAAAGCAGGAGUUGCAACAGCAACGGCAGCAGCCGCAGCCAGUGGAAAAGCGGGAGCCAAACAAAAAGAAAGUCAGUCCAAAAAGUGAGAGUAAAAUAUUGAAAGCGUUUACAUCCUGCAAGUGCACACAAAACGAAUUAAACUAACUACUAAUUACUAACAACAACCAAAUACCAAAUACAACAAGACGCCUACCGAUCAAGUGAUUCGCAUAAAUAAAGAAAAAUACAAAAACAAAAAAGCAAACAAUUUUCUGACAAUAAAACACAAUUUACACAUGUAAGAAAAAAAAAAGUCGACUUGGUGAAGGAACGAAGGACAUGCAAAUUCUAAAGAAACUUUGAGAAAAAGGCAAUUCAAAAGUGCAACAGGAUAAGCAAUCCACGUGGAUAUAACCAGGAAGCAAAGAAAGGUGCUCAGCUGCAUCAUUUACUAAUGUAACAAUAAUGUUUGGAGCCAUCUGCAAUCUGUUGCAUCUGCUGAAGGUGUGCCAUGACACGUUGCAGGAGCAAUCACUUGAAACCAAAGGCACUGCUGCUGACCAAUUACUGCAUACUGUUUGUGGAAUGCAGCAGAAAAUGCAACAGCCAUUCUUACAGGAUAUGCAGCAACCGAUUUCGAUGACUCCUCUAUGACGUCUCUAUUAGAGAAAGUGGUUGCAACAGCAGCAAUGACACACAACACGUGGCUCAGAGCUUUGAGCAAAACUGCAAUCGCUUCAACACAGCUGACGGGCAUUGACAGAGCUGUUCUACUUUUGAUUCCCAAUAAAAUGGAGUUGUUCUAUCGAACUAACUAACUGUUGACUAAGGUAAAAGGCAUUUUAAAACAAUCCGCGCAACAGUUGCAACAGUUGCAACAAAUGCAACAUAUGACAGCUCUUUGAGUAGGUAUAGCUCUGUGUUUACCAACAUAUUACU